GGUAUUUCUCAGACAUAAUAAUAUAUCAUAAGCACUAGUAUUUAUAAGUAAAGUACGUACUAUUUCAUACCAUUUGGAGCACAAAGUUACAACGAUGAAAGGCAUUCAAAUAAGCAUCCUGGCUCUUUUGGCGAUCACGCAACCCAUUUGGUCUUCAGCGCACACUUCGCCGAAAGAUAUACAAAUAGUAGGUGGUUACGAUAUUGAUAUCAGCCAAGCACCUUACCAAAUAUCUCUCGAGUUUAAAAACGGGCACAUUUGUGGAGGUACUAUUGUAUCUAAGGACUUUAUUGUAACCGCUAGGCACUGUGUCAAGAAAUUCAAGCAGGAAGAAUUACGAAUCCGAGUCGGUUCCUCCAUACGCAAUGAAGGAGGGGAACUGCACCAGAUAAGCAAAAUAGCCUGGCAUGACGGUUCAGGCAGCGAUGUUGCGGUGCUGAAACUCACCAAACCAUUGAAAUUCAAUGAAAAUGUUAGCGCCAUUCCUAUGAUCAAUAAAGAUGUUGAAAUUCCCGAAGGAGAGCAAACAAAUGUAACAGGAUGGGGGCGUCUUAAGGAAUAUGGAAAAAUGGCAACGAAACUGCAAAUGGUGCAGGUCCCCAUUGUUAGUCAGGAGCAAUGUCAAAAAGGCUAUGUUAAUAAGACAAUUAAAAUUUCAAUGCUUUGCGCCGGGUAUUCUGAAGGAGGCAAAGACGCCUGCCAGGGAGAUAGCGGUGGACCCUUAGUCUACGAUGGAAAACUCGCUGGUAUUGUGUCUUGGGGCAUAGGAUGUGCCAGGCCUGAAUUACCUGGAGUCUACGCAAAUGUCUCAAAUUUAAGACCUUGGAUCGAUGAAGCCAUUGCCAAUCUGACAGAAGCAUACAUUCUUGAAGCACCUCUGGAUCCAGUGAAAGCAAAUAUAAUUGGUGGACAUACCAUUGAUAUCAGUGAAGCACCUUACCAAGCAUCUCUCGUGUAUGAUGGAGAGCAUUACUGUGGAGGCACUAUUGUUGCCAAAGACAUUAUUAUCACCGCUGCUCACUGCUUUGAUCAAUUCAAGGAACUGCAGAUGACGUACGAACAACAAAGUGAUAUACUUUAUCAACUCGACAACCUCAUAAACUUUGAAGUUCGAGUUGGUUCUUCAUUAGUUAACACGGGUGGACAACUUUACCCGGUUGGAGCUAUCAUUUUACACGGUCGUUACAACAAGUACCAUCUUAUAGAAAACGACAUUGCAGUGGUGUGGCUCUCCAUACCUCUGCAGUUCAGUGACGAUGUAAAAGCCAUUCCUAUGAUUAAUGACUAUACUGAAAUUCAAGAGGGAGAAGAGACUAUUGUAACCGGAUGGGGUCUUACGGGUGAGGAAUAUUUUCCUUAUGAACCCACCACGAUACUACAGAGGGUGGCCGUACCAAUUAUAAGUCAGAAACAUUGCAACGAUAUGUACUCUGGGAUGAUAUCACCUUCUAUGCUUUGUGCAGGGUUGCCUAACGGUGGCAAAGACUCUUGCAAGUUUGACAGUGGUGGUCCCUUGGUCUACGAUGGACAGCUGGCUGGUGUCGUGUCUUGGGGCGAUGGAUGCGCAGAACCACAGCAGCCUGGAGUGUACUCAAAUGUAUCCUACCUGAGACCUUGGAUCGACAAAACUAUCAAUAUUUUGAAAAUAAAGCACAUUCAUACUUGGUUUCCCAAGAUGUAAUAAAACAAAAUAUUGAGGAGUUCUGGGGGGUUACAAUGGCCACGUCGAAGCAAUCAGAUCCAGAAAUCAGAAAUCAGAAAUCAAAAUCAGUUAUUUAACGUAAUUAUCAUGGAUAAACUUGUUGAAGGUCAAUGUAACAUUUUUGAAUUUACGUCAUUUCGCAAGGUAUUAUGGCUGAGGAUAAGAAAUAACAAGAAACUGCAACAGCAACACAUCUUUUAAAAACCAAUGAGGGUAUACAUUACAAGUUAUUUAAUAACUAGAGGAACACAUUCAACACCAGACAUUUUUCAUACCAGACAUUUUUAUCAUUUAGGUAGUCAGUCAUCUUAUAAGAAGCUUUUUUACAUAAAGUAAGCUUCACAUGAGCUUUAAAUUUAUUUUCUGAGAAAUUUAAAAUAUUAUCUGGUAUUUUAUUGUAAAAACGUAUACAUAACCCCAAAAAAGAUGAAUUGAAUUUAAUGAAACUAGAAUUUUGAAUAGCAAUUUUAUUUUUAUCCAUCAAUUCAUCUAAGAAAGCAGUAUUGCUAUUUGACAUUCGUUUGCAUUGCACACUUACUUUUGUAUGUGCAAAUGUCAAAUUGCAAUAUUGCUUUCUUAGAUGAAUUGCUUCGAUGUGGACAUUUUAACUCCCUAGUAAUGUAAUUGAGUCGUUCAAAGUUAAAAAAUCUUGUAUUGUACCUCUUCUAUCGUGUGGGUUGUGGGAUGAUCAACCUCACCAACUAUUGGGGUUUUUAUUGAGCCGUCAAAAGCCCCAAUAACGAUACAAAAUUAAAAAGUCACAUGAAAGCACAGGACAGCUAGGUAUUACACCCAGUAAUGCAGUAGUUUACAGCUUAGAAACAGACUUAAUCAGAAAAUGCUGAAUCGAGUAGACAUCUCUUUAUUUUACUCAAAGCGAAUUGAGCUAUGUUAGCCGUAAUUUUUCAAAAUAAAGUUCAUAAUAACAUGAAAA